AUCAUAGACCUUUUUGAGGAUGCAGACGAAACAUCAGAGGCAAUUGCAAACAACUUAAAAAGUUGUCUUCAAAAUGCCGGUCUGAGACAUAAUAAAAUUGUGGCGUAUGGAGCAGACAAUACAUCUGUUAAUUUUGGAAAACACAAGUCUGUUUUUGUGCACCUAAAAUGAAUGUUGGAUUUACCAAACCUUGUGCCAGGGCAUUGCAGUGCUCACAUACUAAACAAUGCGGCGAAACAUGGCUUGAAAAUGCUCUCUUAUGAUGUAGAGCACUUGGUCAUCAAUGUUUUCAGUGAAUUCUCAUCCAGUGAAAAGAAUAUUAGUGAACUUAAAGAGUUCUUUGACUUCAUGGGGACAGAAUAUUCAGAAAUCUUACCCCAUAUAUCUACACGUUUUCUGAUCCUUUUCACUGCAGUAGACAGGUUACUGAAGAAUUGGCCAGCACUCAAAUCUUACUUUGUGAGCAAAGGAGAGGAAAAUGUGUGCCGUGCAAUAUGGGCCUUCCUUUCUGAGCAAGAGCAUGCAGUGUCCAACGAUGAAAGUCUUACACUUCCCGAGCUGUACAUCUAUUUUGUGCACAACAUUAUGAGCCAAUUUAACAAUACCAUAAAGGUUCUUGAGAGUGAUUACGUUGAGGUAACUGAACUGUAUACUAAAUUCAACAAGCUGAGGAGAGAGAUUCAGAAUCGACAAGAGAGAGCAUUCUAUGGGUACAAGGUGACACAGUUCUUGAAGAAACUACCACCUAACAAGCAGAAUAAAUUUGUUGGAGAUGCCCAACGGGCUUACACACGCAUGGUACAGUACCUGGAAAAGUGGUUUGAUUUCAGUGAAAACUCUUUCUAUAAGUUGUGUGUGCCCCUCAAUCUGGACAGACCUCUUGAGCUAGACGAAUUGACUGCAAGCUUGGACAUUCAAGUGGACGGAGAUGAACUAUUUACAGAAAUGUGUACGCUGAAUGAUGUGCUACCGAUGCUAAAGAGUUUGACAAAUUAUGCUGAAUCGACACUGCAUUGGCAGCAACAAGAACACCAAAAUGUCUCCGAGGUGUGGGUAGAAUUCUUUAAGCGCUGCGAGGCCCCAAACUUACUUAAAAUUGUGCAGCAUGUGCUUGCUACACCACCCAGCAACACAUUUGUGGAAGGCAUUUUCAGUGUUAUGAAGAACCAACAAAAGGAACCAACAAAAGGAAUCGGCUCCAAGUGGACGUGGCAAAAGCUGAGCUAUUUGUGCACUUCAACUAUCAAAUGACAUGUGCCGAGUUUGCUGGAUUUUUGAAGACAGAAGCGACUAAGGAGCUUGUGGCAGCAGCAAGAAAAUAUCAGAAAGCCCAGCCGCUGUCCCCCGAUUGGGCAGACGGGCAGGCUCCAUGUGAGCUUCUCCCAGCCCAGCUCUGCGGGUGGCAGGUCGUGGUGGGUGCGAACGUCAAGGAAGAGAAUUCAGAGAAGAUGGCAUCCCCUGGGGCAUUAUGGGAAUAUCCUGGCUUCCAGAUGAAGUGGCUGCAGCCCCAUCCUGAGUGUGUAUCCCAGGAUGCGGGACAGGGUGAACCUCCAGGACCCCAGAACAAUACACCACAUAUCCCCAGAGAGGCACCCCAGCCCCUCCAGGAAAUAGCAUUUCCAGCGCUGCUGCCUGAGCUCAACUCCUCUCCCGCACCUGCGACGGAGAUGGGGCAAGGGUCCCUGGAGCAGCCAGCACUGAGAGGGGAGUCCCGGGGGCUGCAGGGGCCCAUGCAGUUUGAGGACGUGGCUGUGACCUUCACGGAGGCGGAGUGGGAGCUGCUGGACGAGGAGCAGAGGGAGCUGUACAGGGACGUCAUGCUGGAGAACUAUUGGAGCCUCCAGUCGCUGGGGUUCCACGUUCCCAAGCCAGAUGUAAUCUCCUGCAUGGAGCAAGGGCAGGUGCCGUGGGUCCCGGAUCCCCUGCCCACCCCUAAAAGGUGCCACACUACAGGGCCCUGUCACUCCAGACAUUGCACAAAUACUGGACCAGAAGGCAAAGCGCUGCCCUAAGAACUGCAGUCUAAAAAUACCACUACCGGAAUGGCGCGGGGGGGAAGGGUUGGAAUGGCAUCAAAUAUAUUGGUCUAGCAGCUGUAAUUCCCGAAUGCCCCAUUCCAUGUUUUUUCCAUUGGUUUAGGGCAAUCCAGGCAGUUUGGCUGAGUCCAGAGAGCUCAGGGGUUUGUGUGUGAUUGACCCAAGUAGAAUGGAAGGUCAAAUAAGGGACAGGAGUUUCUCUGGCCCAUUGAGAAGGUCUCAGUUGUGCUCCCCUUCCCUGCCGAGUCCUGCCCCUGCUCUGAUAGCAGAGUAUAAAAUGGCUGGAUUUCACUCCAAAACUAUGACUUCCACCCUGGGCACUUCAGUUCAGUCUUCUUUGUAGGCAGCCAAAAGGGUAUUGCUUUUUAUACUAUAUUCCCCCAGCCCUUUCUCCCAGCAUGCUUUGCCAUAGACAAGGCUGUUUAGUUGGCUGUCAUGGUGGAUUGUAUUUCCCAGCAUGCCUUGUCACAGGUAGGGCUGGUAAAAUGGCUGCCAUGGUGGAUGAAGCUUCCGAGAAUGCUUUGCCACAGGCAAGACUACAGAGAUGGCCAUUAUAAUGGUGGAAGGUUCCAAGGACAGGGCCGAGUUAGACAACCCCUCACAGCUGGCUUUCCUGUGUUCCAGCCAGCGUCAGGGUCAUGAGAGGUGGCAAGGAGCUGAGGUGGUGGCAGUAGGAAGCUCUCGAGAGGGUGGCGCUGCCCCAUGUCCCUUCCCCACAGCUGCUGAGCACAUGGGAGCAGUGCCACCCAUGCCCCAAAUGCGGUAAAAGCUUCCUCACCACCUCGGCCCUGCAGAUGCAUCGGAGGAACCGUUCUGUAGAGAAUCCAUUCUCGUGCAGGGCCUGCAGGCUGCAGUUCAGCCAGGGUUACAAUCUGAUCAAGCACCAAGCCCUGCACGGGGGGAGCGCCCCUACUGGUGCCCUGACUGCAGCCAGUUUUGCUGUCAGAGCAACUCCAUCAUGCACCGUUGCAUGGCCCAUGCCUGCACCGAGACCACCAAGAGCAUCACCGGAAGCUCCAAUGUUCUCAAGCACGGGGCCUGCACAGUCGACCGGCCGCAUCUUUGCUACCAAUGUGGGAAUAGCUUUGUCUCCAGGUCCAACCUGCAGGUGCACUGCCUCAGCCACAGAGGGGCGAGGCCCAACAAGUGCCCACAGUGUGGGAAAAGCUUCAUCCAGAACUCGCACCUCGCCCAGCACUUGAGAGUCCAUAUGCCCUGAUGGCCCAGGUGGUGGUGGGUGGCCGGCAUGGGACGGCACUCACUGCUCACAGACAUCAGACACAGUUUAGUAGAAGAAGAAACCUACAACCCUGGCAAGCUGAAAUGGGCAGUUCUGUGCUGCGUGGGUCUGCCCGUGAGCCUGCCCUUCAAAGUGAAAACAAAAAGUAUUUA